UAGAACAUUUAUUACUACAACGGGAUGCUCGUACAUACGGCUACUAGCCAUCGGUCCCGCCGUCCACAGCUGCGCUGCCGCUCUCAGGGCAGUACAGUGUCGUAGACCUUGUACGGCGGCGUUGGCAAUGCAAUGUACAUAUUCCUGCGAUGUGACAACUUUGAAGAGUGCGCAGUGGACGUGACUACAUCACACUCUCCACACAACCCCCCACUUCCGAACUUCACUUCACGACGAGCGUUCGAUGAGGAGUUCGAGAUGGGGACUGCGGCGGCUAUUUUUAUUAAAUCAUAUUUGUUGGCACAGCAACAAAACGCCCCAACGUCGGCAAGUCCCAACGUCAUCAUGCCGAGGCAGGGAUACGAGGCACCAUUUACAUUCCACGUUGCUUUCGAAGUCCCCCCCCCCAGUUCCCCAGCAGCCGGGCCCCCACCACCACCACCAGUAGUUUGCGCAGUCUCAGAUCUGCACGACCCGAUGGUCAGAAGCAGAGCAUGA